UGGACAUCAGAGAAUACUGUAUAUGCAAACCUGAUCGGGCCUCAGUGCUUCUCUCAUUUCUCAUUUGUCUCAGCGUUCCUCGUUUAGCCUGUGCCCAGUCUUCCCAGCGCCAUGCGGCCGCUGUUCCUGCUGCUACUGCUGGGCUUGCAGAGCUUCAAUCAGCCUGUAGGAGCAGUUGAGGACCUACUGUGGGAGGUUGUGAGCGGUAUUUUCGAUGCAGUUAAUGAGUAUUUCUAUGACUACACUGACGAACCGUCCGAAAGUGAUGAGGUUAUUGAGAGCACCCUUGACUGGCUGUUUGAUCUCUUUGAUGACACAGAUAUGUGUGACCCCAAUCCCUGCUUCAACAACGGAACAUGCGAGACUGGAAGUGAUGGACCUUUCACAUGCAUCUGUCCUCGACCCUUCAAGGGCAGAAAGUGCCAAGAUGUUGAGGAUGUAUGUAAGAAUGUUAAGUGUGGUCAAGGCGAGUGUGUCCGCAUUCUAGAAGAGCCGUUUUAUGAGUGCAAGUGCAGAGCCCCCUACAGGCCUCCCAGGUGCAAAAGACCUUCACCCUGUAAACCCAGCCCCUGUUUGAAUGGAGCAACGUGUGUAAAGGGCCCUAAAAAAGCCAGCUUCCAAUGUGUGUGUCCUGACAACUACUCUGGAAAGUUCUGCCAAGUUGGUCCUGAUGACUGUUAUGAGGGAGAUGGAGAAUCAUACAGAGGCUUUGUGAGUGAAACAGUGAGUGAUACGGAGUGUUUGCCCUGGAAUUCUCACCUCCUACCAUACAGUGAUUUUGAUGAAGAUGAUGGAGUCGGACCUCAUAACUACUGCAGGAACCCAGAUGGGGAAAGCAAGCCCUGGUGCUUCGUCAGAUACAAAGGUAAACUGCGGUGGGAUAGCUGUAAAGUCAAACAGUGCUCUGAACCAGCAACCACUGAAGAGACACCUACUGAAAUGAUCACCAUGCCCCCUCCUAAAGAGUUCUCUGUGUGUGGAACUUCCAAACCUGCCAGGGCUCUGGGUAAAAUCUUUGGUGGAAGAAAAGCUCUACCUGGAGCUCAUCCCUGGCAAGCCUCUUUGCAGGUUCGCGAAAAAAACUCUACUGAUCCCUUCCAUCACUUUUGCGGGGGAAUCCUCAUCGACUCCUGCUGGGUUCUCACUGCUGCUCACUGCAUCGAAAGUACAAAUGAGAUGCAGAUUGUUCUGGGUGGAGUGAACCUGCUGGUUCGUGAGGCUGCAGACCAGACAGUGGAGGUAGAAGAUUACAUUGUUCAUGAGAACUACACAGACGCUCCUGAGGCCCUCUACAAUGAUAUAGCCCUGCUUAAAUUGAAGGCAGUAGAUGGACAGUGUGCCAGGGAGACCAGGUUUGUUAAGACUGCCUGUCUGCCCACUGGUCCAAUCCCUGACGGAACGGAGUGCACCAUAUCAGGCUACGGAGUCACAGAGCACGAUGAAGAAGGUUCCGAUCAGCUGUUGGAUGCAAAAGUUCUCUUGAUUUCCCAGAAACGUUGCAUGGAACCUAAUGUCUAUGGGGACAGACUGGAUGAUGGUAUGUUCUGUGCUGGACGCAUGCAAGGAGGAGUGGACACCUGCCAGGGAGACUCUGGGGGUCCUCUGGUCUGUAAGCAGAAUGGCACACAUUACAUCUAUGGAGUGGUGAGCUGGGGUGACGCUUGUGGCAAGAAGAAUAGACCUGGCAUUUAUGCUCGUGUCACCCAUUACCUUGACUGGAUCAAUGAAAAGAUGCGCUCUGAGAGCUACAUGGAGCUAUGAAUAUGUCAUGAUAUGAGUCCUGAGGAUGUGCAACUUCAACUAAACCUUCAUAUCUAGAUCUCUUGGUCAUGAUUCAUACAUCAAACAUGUACUGUUAAUUCAACUGUGUUUGCUAGUGCCAUACUCAAAAAGCUAAACCUGCCAGACAUAAAGUAUAUCAAAUAAAUCCUAAAUAUAACACUUGUGCCAUCCUACUGUACUCUACAAUUGAUUUGCUUUUUCAAAGUUUUCAAAAUACAUUUUUUUCCUUUAUUUUGUAAUGGAUAAAAAGUAAGGUGCUUGUUUUUCCACUAUAAAAACACUAAACGAGUUCACCCUUUUUCAUAACAGCUUGUUGUGUGAGUGAGAUUUAAUUCCGAACACUUCUCUGUAUGCUCUUGUCAGAAACAGCUGUCUGUAUGAGCUCUUGAAUUGGUGAAAAUUCAUAAUUACUUUCUAUGUAGAUGUACAGAAACUGGUGGUGGAUAUCUACAUUUUGAAAGUCAAUGUGCUGUUGCUGUUCUGCUGAGCCUAUAAAACUGGAGCUAACUGCCACAUUAAUGUUUUAAAAACAGAUUUGAAUUCACUGAUAAAAUCUGACAAAAACAGCAUGAAUAAUUUGUAGCAUUUGCCUCAAAUAACGCACAUAAAAGCACAGUUUUUCACUUUGUUCUGGCUAGUGCGCAGGCACAGAUCUCCACAGCAAGCGGGGGUUUCCUGCUUGUGACCUAGCCAGCAGGCUGACUGGCACAUUUUAUUCAAUAAACGGCAAGUUGAGUGUCA